AUGAACUUCCCUCAUGCUAUUCGCGCCUUAAUAUCAAUGGCCCAUAAACACACUGAAGAUUUUCCAAAGAUUUUAGACGAUUUAAUAUCAGAAUUGGAUAUAAUUGAAAAAAGUGGUAUCGAGAUCUUUAGUAAAAUAGAAAAUUCAUUCUCAUAUCCAUGCCAAAUUUCUUCAAUAGCAGCCGAACUGAGUACUCUCCUCACAGCAAUUCAACAUUUCGAAAGUCGUGCAAGAUCUAAUGGAGUAACGAGUCUUUGUACAACUUCUGAUCAGGCUGGUACAACUUCUACAACAAAUACACCUAUGACCAAACAAAAGUUAACUAAUAUGAUUGAUGAAGUAAAGUUAGCAGCGGAAGAAUUGUCUAAGGAAUCAAAACGUAUUGCUGAUAAUGCUAGAGCUGAAUUAUCAGGUUAA